GCUUGUCCUUGACCAACCCGAACACAGGACGCGUGUCUCUCACAGGGAGCGGCCAAGAGUAGCAAGGCGCAUCCUUGUUGCAAGAACCAAGAAGGCAGGGAGGCGGACAGAGAGCUGCUCAGCCGCGUGGGUGUUGCUUGAGAAAUGCUCCGGCGCUAAGAAGAAAGACAAGUGCCUCAGCCCUCGAUUGCUUGAGAUUUCUCCUUCUUUCCCGAAUCCCGACGUUUCCUGCGCCGAAAGAGCGAGGAUGGCCAGCGACGAGGAGACCAGCCGCGUGGUUCGCGCACUCGUGGAGAAGCACCUCGAGUCCGUGGUGAGCCUGAGGGCCUUCAAGGAGCCCUCCGAACCACAGCUGGGAGACGAGGGGAACCAGGACAGCGGCGAGGAGCUCAUGGGAGAGGAGGGGGAGGAGGAGGAGAGCAGCGCCCCCCAAAAAGAGGCCCUGACGCCGGUGUGCUAUGGCACCGGAAGCAUCAUCCACUCCUGCGACCGAUUCGCCCUGGUGUUCUCCGUCGCCCACACCUUCGCCCCGUUCCGUUCGAGGCAACCUGGGGCGCUGGUCGACGAGGACACCACGCUCCUCGUCGAGUUCUCGGAUGGGCAGAUCCGUCCCGGCCAUUUUCGAGCCAUAGGAUGGAGCCAUGACAUGUCACUCAUCAUGGUGCUCACCAACACAAGGUACCGGCCAGUCAAAUUCAUCCACCACAGCUGCCCUGCCAUGGGGUUCUCCGCUCAUGAACGGGAGGCGCGUGUGUACACCAUCUGCACCUACACUAUAAGAGGACAUGAUUUUGUGUGUGUGUGUGUGUGUGUGUGUGUGUGUGUUUAGCUCACACCAAAACAUAUGUUAUCAUGAAA